GCCGGGGGGUUUGAGAUGGUCAAAGAAACACGGUUCUGUGCCGUGUGCAGCGACUAUGCUUCUGGGUAUCACUACGGGGUGUGGUCCUGUGAGGGCUGCAAGGCCUUCUUCAAGAGGAGCAUCCAGGGUCACAAUGACUAUAUGUGCCCAGCAACCAAUCAGUGUACUAUCGACAGGAAUCGGAGGAAGAGCUGCCAGGCUUGCCGUCUUAGGAAGUGCUACGAAGUGGGCAUGAUGAAGGGAGGUGUUCGUAAGGACCGCGGCCGUGUUUUGCGGCGUGACAAAGCGCGGACGGACACCACUGAUAGAGUUAAGGCCUCUAAGGACCUGGAGCAGAGGACAGUGCCCCCUGUGGACGGGAGGAGGCGCAGCAGUGCUUUUGGUGGAGGAGUAAGAUCAACACUGAAUGGCAUGCCUCCUGACCAGGUGCUCCUCCUGCUCCAGGGUGCAGAGCCCCCAACACUGUGCUCCCGUCAGAAGCUGAGCAGACCCUACUCCGAGGUCACCGUGAUGACGCUGCUCACCAGCAUGGCCGAUAAGGAGCUGGUCCACAUGAUUGCCUGGGCCAAGAAGCUUCCAGGUACUGCUCCAGGGGAUAUGUGGGCCGUGUCCGUCCCGACAGGCCAGGGAUACAUCCCUGAGCCCUCUGACCUGGAGCAGCUGAUUGACAUUGACUCCAAAAUGCAACUUCUCCUUCCUGUCGAAGAAUUUGCCUCAAUGAACAGCUCGUACAGAAACCUGACCAUGUCCCAGGGCCGUGGCUCAGAGGUUGGCUGGAAGUGUGAUGGGGACCCGCAGCCAGGAGAGAAGGCCCUGCAGGAUAUAAAGGAGAGGAGAGGGCAGGAGAGGAGGCUCCAAGAGAUCCAACAGCAGCUGGAGAUCCUGGGCCAGGGCCAACAUAUGACU